AUGGCCAACCUGCAAGCCAUCAAGUACACGCGGGGCAGGCUGGACGUGCUGGACCAGCUGAGGCUGCCGCAUGAGCACCACUACGACGAGGUGUCGACAUGCGAGGAGGCCUUCGACUGCAUCAAGUCAAUGAGGGUCCGAGGUGCACCAGCCAUUGCUAUAGUGGCUGCUCUGGCCCUGGCAGUGGAGCUACACCGCGGUGCCUGCACCGCCUCAUCCGUGGAAGAUACAAUAAAAUACAUAGACGGCCGGCUAGACUACCUGAAAGAGUCCCGCCCCACAGCCGUUGACCUGACAAACGCCAUCAACCACCUCAAGGCAGCGAUCCGCGCGGACCCGCUGGAGACCACCAGCUCAGUGCCGACGCCCACGCCGCAGGCCACCGUCAUCGAGACCUUCAUCGUCACCGCCGAGGCCAUCCUCGCCCGGGACCUGGACACCAACCUGGCCAUCGGCGAGCACGGCGCGGCGUGGCUGGCAGGCGUGCACGGCGCGUCGCCGGACAAGCAGAUCUCGGUGCUGACGCACUGCAACACGGGCUCGCUGGCGACGUCGGGCCACGGCACGGCGCUGGGCAUCAUCCGCACGCUGCGGGCCAAGGGCCUGCUGCGGCACGCGUUCUGCACCGAGACGCGCCCCUACAACCAGGGCAGCCGGCUGACGUCGUUCGAGCUGGUCUUCGAGGGCAUCCCGUCGACGCUGGUCACGGACUCGAUGGCCGCCGCGCUGUUCCGCCUGCGCGGCGCCGACAUGAACAUCGGCGCCGUGGUCGUCGGCGCCGACCGCGUCGUGCGCAACGGCGACACCGCCAACAAGAUCGGCACGUACCAGCUCGCCGUGCUGGCGCGCCACCACGGCGUCAAGUUUGUCGUCGCCGCGCCGACGACGUCGGUCGACCUGGAGACGCUGACGGGCGAUGGCAUUAAGAUCGAGGAGCGCAAGAGCGAGGAGCUCACGCAGAUCAGUGGCGCCAUUGUGGGCGCUGACGGCACGGUGGACGUCUCUAAGACGGCGAGGGUGGCCAUUGCGGACCAGCGGAUCGGAGUGUGGAACCCGGCCUUCGAUGUCACGCCGGCAGAACUUAUCGAUGCGAUUGUGACGGAGAAGGGGGCGGUGGUCAAAAAUGCGGAGGGCAGAUUUGAUUUCAAGGAGGUCAUGCCGGAGCGCUGGGCGAAGGUUGUGGGCGGGCAAUGA